GGGGGCAUCUGGAUCCCUCGCGGUUGGCUUUGGGGAUUCCGGCACAGCCUUCCUGCUGCAGAAUCUGCACCAGCUCUACGUCUGACUGAAGGCCAAGGCUUACCCGCCGGGUUUUGUUCCCUGGGCGUCUCAGUUUCUGUGCCCGGAGCCUGACUUCCUCAUCCGCCCAGGGGGGCUCCGGACCCCACAGGCUUCCUGUGAGCGUCCACCCCAGCUGGUUAUUAGCCACAGGCACGGCCCCUCCCCAGGCCCCAGGCCCCAGGCGGAGCUCCGAGCUGUGGCAAGAGGCCGGCUGGCUUCACUAGAUGACUCACUUGCAAGUAUGAAUGCUGCUGUCCGUGCUGUGGUGCGCAUGGGAAUAUACGUGGGGGCCAAGGUGUACUUCAUCUAUGAGGGUUACCAAGGCAUGGUUGAUGGCGGCAGUAACAUCGUGGAAGCCAACUGGGAAAGCGUCUCCAGCAUUCUGCAAGUGGGAGGCACCAUCAUAGGCAGCGCUCGCUGCAAGGCCUUCCGCACCCGGGAGGGUCGGCUGAAAGCCGCUGGGAACCUGGUUCAGCGGGGCAUCACCAACCUGUGUGUGAUCGGCGGGGACGGAAGUCUCACCGGGGCCAACAUCUUCCGGAAGGAGUGGAGCGGGCUGCUCAAAGAGCUGGCCGAAAAUGGCGACAUCGACAGGGAGGAGGUGCAGAAGCACGCCUACCUCAACGUCGUGGGCAUGGUUGGCUCCAUCGACAACGACUUCUGCGGCACUGACAUGACCAUCGGCACCGACUCCGCCUUGCACAGGAUUAUCGAGGUCGUGGACGCCAUCAUGACCACCGCCCAGAGCCACCAGAGGACCUUUGUGCUUGAGGUCAUGGGGAGACACUGCGGGUACCUAGCCCUGGUGAGCGCCCUGGCCUGCGGGGCAGACUGGGUGUUCCUUCCAGAAUCUCCCCCGGAAGAAGGCUGGCAGGAGAACAUGUGCGUCAAGCUCUCGGAGAACCGUGCCCGGAAGAAAAGACUGAAUAUCAUCAUUGUGGCGGAAGGUGCCAUCGACACCCAAAAUAAACCCAUUACCUCUGAGCAAAUCAAGGAGCUUGUGGUCACGCAGCUGGGGUACGACACGCGGGUGACCAUCCUUGGACACGUGCAGAGAGGCGGGACUCCUUCGGCCUUUGACAGGAUUUUGGCCAGUCGCAUGGGGGUGGAGGCCGUGGUCGCCCUUCUCCAGGCCACCCCAGAGACCCCGGCCUGCGUGGUGUCGCUGAGCGGGAACCAGGCCGUCCGCCUGCCCCUGGUGGAGUGUGUGCAGAUGACCCAGGACGUGCAGAAGGCCAUGGACGAGAGGAGAUUUAAGGACGCCGUGCGACUCCGCGGAAGGAGCUUCGAGAGCAAUCUGAACACCUACAAGCGGCUCGCCAUCAAGAUGCCAGAUGACCAGAUCCCAAAGAGCAACUGCAACGUGGCAGUCAUCAAUGUGGGCGCCCCCGCCGCCGGGAUGAACGCGGCCGUGCGCUCGGCCGUGCGCGUGGGCAUCUCCGAGGGGCACAAGAUGUUUGCCAUCUACGACGGCUUCGAGGGCUUCGCCAAGGGCCAGAUAAAGGAGAUCGGCUGGGCGGAUGUCGGAGGCUGGACCGGCCAAGGAGGCUCCAUUCUUGGGACCAAACGGACGCUGCCCGGGAAGUCCCUGGAGGCGAUCGCCGAGCAGAUGCGGACCCACGGCAUCAACGCGCUGUUGAUCAUUGGUGGAUUUGAGGCCUACCUGGGACUGCUGGAGCUGUCAGCUGCCCGGGAGAAGUACGAGGAGCUCUGUGUCCCCAUGGUCAUGGUCCCCGCCACGGUGUCCAACAACGUGCCGGGCUCCGAUUUCAGCAUCGGUGCGGACACCGCCCUGAACACCAUCACCGACACGUGUGACCGCAUCAAGCAGUCGGCCAGCGGGACCAAGCGCCGCGUGUUCAUCAUCGAGACCAUGGGGGGCUACUGCGGCUACCUGGCCAACAUGGGGGGGCUCGCCGCCGGAGCCGACGCCGCCUACAUCUUCGAAGAGCCCUUCGACAUCCGCGAUCUGCAGGCCAACGUGGAGCACCUGACCGAGAAAAUGAAGACCACCAUCCAGAGGGGACUCGUGCUCAGGAACGAGAGCUGCAGCGAGCACUACACCACGGACUUCAUCUACCACCUCUACUCCGAGGAGGGCAAGGGCGUGUUCGACUGCAGGAAGAACGUGCUGGGCCACAUGCAGCAGGGUGGGGCGCCUUCACCGUUUGACAGAAACUUUGGAACCAAGAUCUCCGCCAGAGCCACGCAGUGGAUCAGCACCAAGCUAAAGGAGGCUCGGGGGAAGGGAAAAAGGUUUAUGACCGAUGAUUGCAUCUGCGUGCUGGGAAUAAGCAAAAGAAACCUCCUUUUCCAACCUGUGGCACAACUGAAGAAGGAAACAGACUUUGAGCACCGGAUCCCCAAGGAGCAGUGGUGGCUGAAGCUGCGGCCGCUCAUGAAGAUCCUGGCCAAGUACAAGGCCAGCUACGAGGUGUCCGACCCCGGCCAGCUGGAGCACGUGCACCACCGAGGCCACGAGGAGCCCGCCGCCAUCUAGACGCCGCCGGCCCGCACCGCCCGCCUGGCGCUGCUUCCGACUUCCCGUUUACCGCCCGUUUUUGUAACACUUAAGUUAUUUAUCGGCACUUCGCGUGAGUUCUGCUGACAUUAACACCCGGUCACAGAGCCCCCCGUCCCGUCUCCCUCUCCCCGCGGACCCCCAGGGCUCCAGCACGACUUGUCUGCUGCGUCUCCUACUGUUUCCCGCUUUCAAACAUGUGUAUCCGGUAGAAUUAAACGUUUGGCUAAAACUCCAA